ACUUUUAAAAUUAAAAUUUACCCAAAAUCCUUUUAUCUCGAUCACAUCGAUCCUCCAUUUUUCUUCUCUGAUUCCUCAAUUUCUAUGUAUUUCCAUAAAUUAAUAACACUAACCCAGUUUUAGUAAACCUGUCGCCUCGUGAUUCGCUUCCUGAUCCUCUUUUUGCCCUAACCCUAACUCCGUCGCCAAGCUCGCCGGGCAGUUUCAAGUAAUUUUGCCUGAAUUAAUUUAACGGGUUAGCUGCUGUCAAGAUGAGUUUGCAACAGCCUACACAGCCCAAAUUGUAUGCUAACGGAUUUGGUCGUCGUAGAGCGGAAAAGGAAGGAGGGGCAAAGUUGGACAGUAAGCUGCAAUCUGGAAAAUCAAUCCCCAAUAGAUCAAAUAGUUCAGGGAUUGGGGGAAAAGUUGGAGCGUACGAGAGCCCCUCUCGUGAUAGGCUGGUGUAUUUAUCGUCAUGUCUAAUAGGGCACCCGGUGGAAGUUCACCUGAAAAAUGGAUCCAUAUAUUCUGGGACGUGCUACACAACAAAUGUUGAGAAGGAAUUUGCGAUUAUUCUGAAAAUGGCCCGCUUGAUGAAGGAUGUUUCUUUUCGAGGACAGAAGACAGAAUCCCUCAGCAAGGCUCCUUCAAAGACUUUUAUUAUACCUGGGAAAGAUGUUGUUCAAGUGAUAGCAAAGGAUGUGCCUGUAACCAUGGAUGGAAUGACUCACGAACUCCAUCAUAAAAAGCAGCAGGAGAUUAUGAUAGACUCCUUUAUAUCGCAAUCCCGUCAUGUUGAAGCAGAGAGAGAGCUGGCACCUUGGGUCCCUGAUGAAGAUGACCCGCAAUGUCCUGAAUUAGAAAAUAUCUUUGAUGGCCCUUGGAAAAGUAGGGGCUGGGAUCAAUUUGAAACAAAUGAAAUGUUAUUUGGAGUAAAAAGCACCUUUGAUGAGGAACUUUAUACUACAAAGUUGGAAAGGGGUCCUAAGACGAGGGAAUUAGAGAAGGAAGCUACAAGAAUAGCAAGAGAAAUUGAGGGUGAGGAUACAAAAGAUCUUCAUCUAGCAGAGGAAAGAGGCGUACACUUCCAUGAACAUUUUGAUAUUGAUGAAGAAACCAGAUUCUCGUCUGUAUAUAGAGGUACAGGAGUCGAUGAUAGUGGAUAUGAGGAAACUGAGGACAUAAUAUUGGAUUCUCGCAAUUCUGAGACAUUUGGAGAUACACCCGCUUCUUGCACCAAUAAAUAUGGUGAUCUGAGCCAUGUGGAAUUUAAUGAUGGAGCUCGAGUUUUAUCAAGUUCUUCCUUGGACGAGGCAGAGUGUUCUCAGUCAACUACUGGUGUUGAUUUGAAUCAAUCAGGUUCUUAUGAGCAUUCUAGACGGCUAGCAUCUGAAUUUCCUCCUAAAACUUUGUCCACUUCAGAGAGCAAAACCAGGGGCCAAGAGAAUCUUCAUGAUGAACACGGAGCAAAUGAGUGUCAUAAGGAGUUUGUAGAAGAGCAAAUUAUACAGAGAGCUCAUGAUCCUCCAUUAUCAACAUGUGACGGUUCACAGUUCUCAUUGAAGAAAGAUGCCUUUGACAAAGGGGGUUUAUCUUCUAAUAGUACUAACUAUGCUCCUUCACCGACUAUUCCUUCAAAAAGUAAUGAAAAGACAGUUUCUUCUGGUGAACGGUCAGAAAGUGCGCCAUCUGUCAAAGUAGUUGGAGAAGUGCAAUCUGCCCACUCUCGUGGGCGUCCUGGCAGUGCUGCUUCAUCAAAUUCUGAUUGCGUAGGUGCUGCCUCGGUUUCCAAUGGUCCGGGUUCGGGUUUAUCACCAAGCUCGUCAAUGGGUUCAUUAACUUCAGAGAAAUCAACAUUGAACCCCUAUGCUAAGGAAUUCAAACUAAAUCCAAAUGCCAAGAGUUUCUUGCCUUCUCAAGCGCCUGUUCGACCUCCAUCUCCCAUGUCUGAUGGUUCCUUCUACUUUCCACCAAAUGUCCAUGCUCUACCGCAUAUGCAUGGCAUGCCUAUGGGAAUUGGAGUUGGACCGUCAUUUACCAGUCAUCAGCCUGUUAUCUAUAACCCGCAGGUUGCAUCGUUGCAAUCACAACAAGCAUAUUUUCAUCCUGGACCUCAGUAUGGACAACAGAUGCUGGUUGGCCACCCAAGGCAAGUCUUGUACAUGCCAGGCUAUCAACCUGAAAUGCCAUUUAAAGGACGAGAUUUUUAGUCGGGUGAUAAUAUAUUCAUGGCAGUUUGACCUCUGCUCGCAAGCAAUAAACUUUUGAGAGACUGCUUGGAACAGUUUUUGGGGGAUCCAAGCUUGGCAGUCCGAUGAAAUGUUACAGUUGAUGAGCCCCAUUUGUGGUCGGGGAAGUUGGCUAAUUGUGGGAUAUAUAAAUUGUUUUAAAAAUCAUAUGUAUGCUUCAUUUAUAUACCAUAACUGGAUUUCUCAACUCGUCUUCUUACAGUGACUGUUCUAUUUUGAUAAAUUAAUUUUGGAUACAAAUUUGUGUUGUUUUUUCUUUGAUUUAAAUUUAUAUUUCCUGGUUUUGAUUCGA